AAACGUAAUGUUCGGCCAUGUUUUCAACACAUAGCGAGCAGUAAACGUCAACGAUUUGUACAACAAAAUUUUACAAAAAUAAUCUCAUUAUUUACCGUUAUUACAUUAUUUAAGUUUGAUUAAUUACUCACCUCGAUUAAAUGCGCUGAAAAUGAAUCGAACGGAAGGAUUGGUACAAAGAAGGAACGUAAUAAAGGACAGCAAUUCUGAUGGAACAGUAAAAGAAAACCACGACGAUGAUAAGAAAAGUGAUAAAAGUUAUGAUGAUGGUGAUUCCAAGGAAACAAGAUUGACUCUAAUGGAAGAAGUACUGCUUUUAGGGUUAAAGGACAAAGAGGGUUAUACAUCUUUUUGGAAUGAUUGUAUAUCAAGUGGUUUAAGAGGCUGUAUCUUAAUUGAAUUGGGCUUACGAGGUCGUAUAGAAUUAGAGAGAGCUGGUAUGAGAAGAAAAGGAUUACUUUCUAGAAAAGUUAUCGUGAAAUCAGACACACCUACUGGAGAUGUUUUAUUAGACGAAGCUUUGAAACAUAUGAAAGAGACAGAACCACCAGAGACUGUGCAGAGUUGGAUUGAGUAUCUUAGUGGUGAGACUUGGAAUCCUAUGAAGCUAAAAUAUCAAUUGAAAAAUGUUCGAGAAAGAUUGGCAAAAAAUCUUGUAGAAAAAGGGGUGCUUACAACAGAGAAACAGAACUUCUUGCUAUUUGAUAUGACCACGCACCCGCUUACAGAUAAUGUGGUCAAAUGUCGCUUGGUGAAAAAGGUACAAGAAGCUGCCCUACGUCGAUCAAUAACAGACGUGGCCCAUGCAGAUAAGCGCUCGCUCGCACUAUUGAUGUUGGCACACUCUGCCGACGUACUGGAGAAUGCUUUCGCGCCUCUUUCGGACGAAGAUUACGAGCUCGCGACGAGGCGAGUGCGAGCCCUGCUCGACCUGGACUUCGAGGCUGAGGCCAUGAGGCCCGACGCCUGCGAGAUCAUGUGGGCAGUCUUCGCUGCUUUCACCAAAUAGCGGUAACACGUCCCCAUUAGCCGCUAGAGAAAUCAUAAAUUCUUUUCAUAACAGCGCAGGUUCUUCCCAACCAAAAGGAAAAUGCCCAGCCAAGAAAUUUAAAAUUAAUGACGCAUACAAGGACAUAAAACGUGUUUUAUGUUAAGAGAAAAUUCUAUUGUAGAGACAAUUUCGGGUUGAUUAUUAGCUACAGUCACUACUUAAUCAGUAUUAAGAUUGGUUUAUUUAUGAAUUUGCGUGGUAGUUAAUUAUUUAUAUUUAAAAAAUGAGACAACCAUUAACAACUCAGAAAUAUAUAAAAAAUCCUUUGUCAAAUUAUUAAAAUCCUUUUGAUUGAUUUUAUAUUUAGGUUUAUU